CAUGUUUUAUGUUAAAAGCAUUUUUAAAAUAAGUUUCAUGAAAAAUCAAAUUCUGAACCUUCCAACCGCUCCGGCCGCCGGACCACUAACCACACAAUAAACCAAUCGUCUUAAGCACUCCGACCUGGAAGGCGGUGGAAAAUCAACGGUCCAAAAUCACUUUUACUAGACCAGAAAAAAGGAGACGAUGACAUCGGCGAUUGAUUUGCUGAAGAACGAGCUCCCUGUUCGACAUGAAUCUCUUGUUUUGCGUGAAGAUGUAAAAGUUGGUCUGGUUCUGGUUGACAUUGUUAAUGGCUUCUGUACAGUCGGUGCUGGAAACUUGGCUCCAGUACAGCCUAAUAAACAAAUAUCUGAAAUGGUUGAGGAAUCAGUGAGAUUAGCAAGAAUAUUCUCUGAGAAGAAAUGGCCCGUAUUCGCCUUCCUUGAUACUCAUCAUCCUGAUAUUCCCGAGCACCCUUAUCCUCCUCAUUGCAUUGCUGGGACAGAUGAGUCAAAGUUGGUUCUCGCUCUGGAGUGGUUGGAGAAUGAACCAAAUGCCACGCUUAGGUGCAAGGAUUGCAUUGAUGGGUUUCUUGGUUCAAUUGAGAAAGAUGGAUCCAAUGUGUUUGUAAAUUGGGUGAAGAACAAUCAGAUUAAAGUUAUAUUGGUGGUAGGGAUAUGCACCGACAUAUGUGUGUUAGAUUUUGUGUGUUCUGCCAUGUCUGCCAAAAACCGCGGUUUUCUUACUCCUUUGGAAGAGAUCAUCGUGCAUUCUGGUGCUUGCGCUACAUAUGAUGUUCCGGUUCAUGUUGCUAGAGCUAGCAAAGAUGUUUUGGCCCAUCCACAGGAGCUGAUGCACCACCUUGGCCUUUACAUGGCCAUAGGGAGGGGAGCGAAGGUGGUAGCAGAGGUGUCAUUUGGCUAGCAAAA